AUGAGGCCUUUAGAAUUUGUUCAGAGGUUGCAUAUAAGGAAUGUAGUUGCAGCGCAAACACACGAUCAGCAGGAUGAUUCCAGUAACAUUAUAAGUGAUGCAGGUAGCGCAAUUUCAACAGCGCAUCAGCAAGAGGCGUUACUCAUUAACCCUCAAAGUGCUGAUUGUGGCGCAGCUCAGACAGCUGCACAGCUAGCUGGUUUCAUUAACCCCCAAAGGUAUGAAUGUGGCUUGCGUGAUGGCGAUGUCUGUCAGAGGGCUGCACAGCCAACAGACUUAGUUAUUAACACUUUAAGGUCUGAAAGUGGUUUACAUGUGGCUGAAACUCAUAAAUCAUCCUCCAUGAUGGCGAAUGCAGGCUUGCAAGGGGUGAAUGUGCAGACAGUAGGUCAUAUACAGACAGGAGAUCAUGGUCAUCUCACAGCUAUGACUGCUGCAGCAGGAAAUGCAUUAGUAUCGAAUUUUGGCCAGAAUGCUAAUGUUAGGGCACAAAACAAUGCUACUACUAUUGUAUCUAAUCCAGCACAGGAUGCUAUUUGUAUGGCCCAACUUCCUGCUAUUGAUAACCCACACACACAAGAACAAAGUGCUCGCGAAUUAUUGUCUCUCUUACAGGGAGUUCUUCACUCAAAGGAGCCAACAAUGGUCCAGCAACCAACUGCUGCUGUAAUUAACCCAGUGGACGCAGGAGCAGCUGCGACCACUUCAAAUGGACAGCAGGGCUCAGCCAACACCGUCGCUAUUCCCAGUCAGCAUCCGGAACAAGUCACUAGCAACACCGGACAAGGACUGUCUGCUAAUUCACACGGCACUGUCCCAGGAGUGAAGAGAAUUUGGAUUGUGGGACACUCCUUCGUUCACUGGGCCUCCCUUCGCUGUGCAUCCCUCCCAAUUGGCCAAUCCCUAGGUUUUCCCUCCAACAAAGUAUCCAUUAGAUGGUUAGGGGACAGGGGGAUGUGUUGGCCACAAUUAGCGGGAACAAUAUCAGAGGCCCUAGUACGUUGGGUUAAGCCUCAUAUCCUGAUCCUUCACCUGGGGGGUAAUGAUGUGGGGGCCAUGUCAGUUCUCCAGUUAAUAAAAGUUAUGCAGGCAGACAUAAGUUGGUUGAGAGUGCGCAUUCCAGGAGUCAUGAUAGGAUGGUCCAAUAUAAUCCCCCGCCUCCACUGGACGCAUAUGUCUGCCCAUACGGCGGCAUAUUGGAUUAGAAAAAAGAUCAAUGCAUCAUUGGCAAAAACUGUCACAGGUUCAGGUGGCUUUGUGAAUUAUUCAGAAGCAUUCAUACUGGUAAAUGCCAGUAUGAACAACUGUUCUAUUCCUGCUCAUUGA